ACUGGAGGAAGCACAUUUGGUUGCUGCAAACAGUUGACAUCAACGGGAAGAAGAUGAACUGUCUCGGGAACAUGAUGAUCAAGCUGUUUUCUCUCUCCGUCUUCAUCGUCCUGCUCUUAGAGUGCCGUGCAGAGCCGGUGGUUUCAAUCGCUACUGAAGGUGAUUCCUCUGAUGCUAUCUUCCCAGAGCAUCUCUGCUCUCGCGAGGGAGGAAUAUGUGGCCUCGAAUCCUUCUGCCCGCCUGAGGAUCAGUUCGCAGAGAAAGGACUUUGUCCUAAACAGCAGAGCAAAGGAGUGGAAUGCUGUAAGACAGUGCCCCUGGACAUCAAAAACUGCCAAAAGCGGGGUGGAGAGUGUAUGUCCGAAGAUCAGUGCGGAAGCUCCCCAAAGGAGCCACUUGGUGAAUGUCCCGCUAAUCAAGUCUGCUGCGUUAUCCUGAAGUAAAGACUACGACUUGUUCUUAAUAUAAGACUAACACUUCGUACAAACAUCCAAGAAGGGUUGGAGAAAGGAAAGCCGGCUGUUGACGUCGUUGUUUCUAACUGUAUUCUGUUUGAAAUCUUACAACAAACGAUGAAAACAAGUCAUCGGAAAUUUUACAGGAUCACAAAACAGUAAUAAUCACUUAUUCUUAAAUUUCUUACUCAACAAUUACAAAGGCAAGUCACUCAAAUUAAAGCAAUACAAUACAAAUAA